CUUUCUCUUGAUCAAAUCCAUAUCUCCUUACGCAUCAAUAAAAAAUUUUAUAAAACCAUGCAAACUAUUUUCCUCGGCUUGCCACUAGUUUUUACUUUUUCCAACUAUGCGACUUGAAACGGAGAAAAGUGACUUGUUGGCAGCAUUGCCAUGGUCACCACUUACGGCACCAUCUGCUCAGAAAUUUCAAAUUAAAAAGCUUUUUGGACAAGACUAUUACCUAGUGCUCGUCACUGAUUUACGAAAUGUAUGGCUAGAGCAUGCUAAAUCUACUGACAUUUACGAGCGCGCUCUGCAGAGUGAAAUUGCCAUUGUCAAACCUGACGCUGAAAGCUCGCCUGCCCUAAUUAAAAUAUUAGCCACGUUCCUCGAUCAUGUUCAGGAGAUAACCGAGUCUUCUGAUAAGCUGGAAAUCGUUUGUUCAAGAAAAGUGGGGUUCGCUAACGUUCCAUGGUCAUUUCAGUGCCAACAAAUGGCCUCAGGCGGCUCCACAGCAUCGUUGCUGGACGGUCCCGAUACGUUAUACAAACACGUAACCGGUCCCAGUUUGGUUCUUGGCGCCUCCUAUCACCUGCGGUAUACCCAACAACGUCAAAAGUUGAUGACAAUGAGUCAAGAAUUAAGCCAUCUGCACGAAAAUAUGAUGAAGGCUGGUCUAGGCUCCUCAAGUAAGCUGGUUGAAAUGCUGCUGAUAUCUAUUUUAAUCAUGUUAGCUAAUGAUGUUGGUCCAUAAGACAGCAAGAUCGGCCAAAUACUGAGUGAUGCGCAGGAACUGGUGCAGCUGAAGGAGGUAAAAGUUUUGCCCAUGACUCUGCCACAUUCAUCACUCGCUUGGUUUCUCGGUAAUAACCAAACCCAUUGCCUUGAAGACUA